AUGGCCGACCGCGCGAAGGUGCAGAUGCAGGCGGCGCAACCGCCCCCCGUCACUAGCGAAAGCAUCGAGCUGCCAGACAUCAACAGCGAAUAUUCGGACUCAGAAGAUGAGGAUCGCCCACGGACGUUCGACCCUCCAGAAUGGGCGCAGUCGCCAGAGCUACGCCAAGCGCUGCAGCAGCAGAGCACUAUGAACCCAGACGACAUUUUCGGCCGUAUCGGGCCAUUACGAAUGGAAGAUAUCUUCCGGACAAGGCAGAGUCGAUUCAGGGCACGCACAAGCUCCGCAAACUGGACGGGGACAGAUCAAUUGACUGCAGAAGAGGAGCGGGAGUAUGCUCGUCGGAUGGGUUUCAAAUAA